CUCUUCAAAAGGAAUUAUUUAAUUUAAUUCCGCACAGAAACCGAUACGGUUUGUUCAUGACUAUAAUAACUACUAUUAUAUGAGUGUGGAUAUUUAUGAUGGAUAAAAUGAACGUGACGGUUGAUGCUGAAGGGAAAAGUUUACUGAAAUUGUUGUUAGCGAAAUCUCAGUGUGCAGCAAUCGCCCAAUUUCUGCAGUACGAUGACAUAUACCAAAGCCACAUUUACAUAAAUGCAUUAGUAGCAAUAAAAAAUGCAAUAAAAACCGACGAUGCGCAGAAAUUUAAAGAAUUAUCGUGUGCCUUGGCGAUAGUGAGUGACGUGGACAUUUUUCCGAACUUAAUUUCUUGCUUUAAUUGCCAUGAGAAUCCUUUUAGAAUGUCUAAUGUGGUUAUACUGGCUUGCGAACACAAUCGAUUAGAAAUCUUGAACCAUGCAUUUAGUGAUACGUCAUCGAUUAUUAGUGAUCUUUCCAUUAAAGUUGGCAGGACAUUUCCUUUGCCCACCGAUGAGGACGACGAAGCCCACAAUGCUUUUUAUUACGCUGUGCGCUCAGGGAAUACGCAGCUUCUUGAAGUUUUAAUGAAGAAGUGGCCAUUGGAUUAUUUUUCUGCACACACUGAAGAAUUGUGUUCUCUCCUAUCAAAGAGCUUGGAUGAGCUAUCGUUGAAAAAUGUAGAUGUAUCAGUCGAAAUGAAGAUAUUUGUACAAAGUUUUCUAUUUGACUACUGUUUCGAAGAAAAUCCUCCGUCUGAUGCAGAUGAUUAUACACAAGAUGAUAUCCAAGAGAGAAUAUCGCUUCUAUUGGACUACAGUGAUUCAAUUAAAACAAAAUACAGAAACAGGGAAUCUAACGACCUCAUUAUUUUCUUAGCGAAACAAAUCGCUCAAAAUAUUUUCACUCUGAAAAAAUGGCUGAAAUCAACGUAUGACAGAAUCCCUUGGGAAGAAAUGGAAUUUCACUUAAUCUCUUUUAUCCGGCAUCUGAAUAACCAAGGGAGCUACAUCAACUGCUUUGUAACAGAGACUGAUUUUGUGAAAUAUCUGUGUAACUUCUCUCAUUUAGUGGCGGAAUUAUGCGAUAUCAAAAAUACGGACUUGGAUCAAUUAGGUACAUUUCCUGAUAUCAAUCGUGACGAUAUGGUAAAGUGCAUAAUUGAUAAAUAUCCAAUUUUUAAAGAAUUUUAUCGAAAUUAUGAAUUUAUUCGAGACUAUGAGUCUCUUAUUAUUAUAAAAAAAUACGUUGACAUAGCGACUAGAGUAAACCCGCUUGAAAAAAGUGGAAAAACUAUCAUCGUCAGGGCAUUACAAGUGAUAGGCGAGAACAUAAAAAAUACAUUAGAAUCGCCUAAACUUUCUACCGCAACGAACGAUUAUUUGAUGUCGGCUUUACCUCCUCAAACAAACAGCAUUUUAAAAACUUUGCGAAAUUCCUUUUCGCAUGGUUUUCCUUUAUCAGUGUGUCAAGAAAUAGAAAAAAUCUUUGGCUAUGAUUUUUACACACUUGUUCAGAAAGACAUCAAAAGUUUAAAUCACGGAAUCACUUCAGUUCUUCAGAAAAUAAAAUCUAAAACUCUGGCGAUUUUGAUGGAAAAAUGUUAUAAGUGUGAUGACGAUGAUGCAUUCAAAGACAUGUUUCGUAUGUUUCCAAUGCUAAAGUUAAAUGAUGGUGUUAAGCUUUUGCCAGUAAACACUGAUAUAAUUGAAUUAGACAAACUCAUAUCUGACUUAAGGGAUAUAAUAAAAGUAAAAACGAAUUUUGUCGAGGAUACUUUUUCAAAAAUAGCAGAUAUUAUUAAUUUUGAAAAGACUUUUUUAAAAAUUUCCAAAGACAAAUUUGAAAUAGGCCUGGCCGUAUUUUUAUCUGCAGCACGCGGUCCUGGGUGCAAAAUGGAUAGUUCAUAUUUUGCUGAGAGAAAAAAAUGUAUCGGUGACGGACUGAAAUGCAUAAAUUCUCAACUGAAAUCUCGAGGCGUAGCGAAUAUCGGCUCAUCAAUACAAGCAAUUUACAAGAAAGUUAUUUCUAAAGUAGAUGGGCAGGAUUAUUCGAAAUUUUUUACGGUACUUUUCAAGAUUUUUUACAUAACUGAAUGCCAAGAACACGAAGUUAAAUACCUUCAGAAACUCAGGAAAACUUACGAAAAAGCUGCCAAAGUAACUAAAAAGAAAGUUGACAUCAUUAAAAUGUCACCAUCUGGGUGUUAUCAAGAUAUCAUAUCGGAAGACAUUACAUCUUUAAGGAAAAUUAUAUGUGAACAUAAUUUAUCUGAAAAUGACAUUAAAUCAUUUCUUACGUUUAAGAAUAAUUUGGAAAUGCAAAUUGAAAUUGAAAUGCUCAUCCUGUCCAUUUUAGCCAGCUUAGAGCAUUCUGAUCUUUAUUUGAUAACGAGGCUGCAAUUUAUGGAGGAGGAUAAUUUUUUAUUGUUUGGCAGAAGUCUUAGAAAUUAUCUAGCUCAUGGAAAUCCUCUAGUGGACAUUGUAAUGGAUUCCCGUCUGUCAAUAUUUCUAUUUGCCCUGAAGAUUAUCAGACACGAUAUUAAUCGAAAAGGAUAUUUCACGAUCAGUCGCAUAAACAAUAGGUCUAAUACUGAAUAUAAAGUUGAAAACCAAGAAAGACUGUUCUACGCUCUGUCUAGUAAUUCCUUAGAUAAGGUGAUACACUGGAUAAAAGAAGGGGCUGAUGUCUAUGGAAGAGACAGUAAUUUGCUGACAGCUUUGCAUUUUGCUGCAAAAUCUUCUAACAUUAACAUUAUGAAGCUCUUAAUUAAACGUGGCUUGAACCCCAAAGUCAAGGAUAUUUAUAAUCGAAAUCUCCUCCAUAUAGCAGCUGCGUCAGGCUGUAAGGAUAUAGUUUGUUAUAUUAUAGAAGAUCUAAAAAUAGCUGUGGAUGAAGAGUGUGAAAGAAGGCAGACAGCACUGCACAUUGCGGCAGAAAAUGGUCAUGUAGACAUCGUAGUGAUUUUACUUAAUCAUAAAGCUUCAAUAUAUAUUAAAAACAGCUACGAUUGGACGCCUAUACAUAUUGCUGUAAAGGACAAUAAAGUUGAAAUCGUUAACUUAUUCCUUCAAAAUGUUGUAAAUAUUAACUCGAUCCUUACAACAAGUUGUGGUACUCGAUCUCGGACACUUUUAGAUGAGUUUACUUUAUUACAUUUUGCAGCUGAGCGGGGUCUCUUGGAAAUGGUCAAUUGCUUACUGCUUAAAGGAGCUGAAAUUAAUUGUGUUUCCAAUACAAUGGUCACAGCAUUGCACCAAUCUGCUUACGCUGGUCAUACAGAGAUUGUCGCAUUGUUGAUUUCAAAAGGAGCAAACGUUAAUGCGAUAAAUUCAGAUAAAGACACUCCCCUUCAUUACGCUGCAGUGAAUGGACACGCAUCGACUGCUGAGGUUUUGUUAAAACAUGGGGCGAAUUUAAUGGCUUCGAAUAGCGUAGGAUAUUUACCUUUGCAUUACGCUAUUAUGCAUGGAAGUAUUAGCUUAAUAAAAACUCUCAUGAAACCAGGAGAAAGUAUUAAAGAUGUUACACUGAAGGGUAAAUCCAUACUCGAGUAUGCAAUUUCUCAUAAAAAUUUGGACCUCAUUAAUUGCUUAAUUGAUAAUAAAAUAUCUAUUAACUAUAGAAACGUUAAUGGCAACACUCCUCUUAAUCUAUGCAUACAAAGGGGUUCAAUAGAUAUUGCGCUGCGAUUAAUUGAAUGCGGAGCCGACAUUAAUGCUAAAGAUAAAAAAGGUUUGACACCUUUGUGCCUUUCCAUCGUGCUAGGUUACUAUGAUAUAGCUGAAAAGAUUUUAUUGGAGAAGAAGGUUGAUAUUUAUUCAGUUAAUGAAAGAGGGCAAACUUUAUUGCAUAUCUGUUCCUCAGUUUCGAAAAAUCUGAUACAUUGGGAAGGAAAUCGAGCAGUGACUAUGGCGAAUGAAAAUUAUGAUGAAGUCAUGUCUAACACGAAAGUACUUAACAUAUUUAAAACACUUGUUAAAGAAGGGCUUGAUUUUAAAAUAAAAAGUGAUGAUGGCCAGACGCCUUUGCACGUAGCUUGCAUCUCAGGUAAUACUGAAAUCGUACAAUAUUUCAUCACAAAAUUAACUGACAUUAACGUCUAUGACAAACAAGGAUACACGCCCUUACAUCACGCCGUUGAGUGCAAUCAUCUUGAGAUUGUUAAUGUGCUGUUAUUGAGUGGAAAGGGUUCUUUAAACUCUAUGACACUUGGAGGUGAUACUCCAUUGUGUUUGGCCUCAAAAGAAGAUCAUACAGAAAUAAUUCAGGCGUUGAUCGUAAGUGGAGCUGAUGUAAAUGACGGAGAUCCUCUCUAUAAAGCUCUCUCGCGGGGACAUCAGGACGUAUGCAUUAUUCUUCUCCAAAAUAAAUCAAUAGAUAUCGAGAAACAAUUUAAUGAUAAAGGUGAAACUUUUCUAAAUAUUGCAAUACUCAAAGGUUUGAAGCGAGUAGUUUCUUAUUUUUUAGGUAAAAGGAAAUUUUCAGGGUCAGUUGACAUAAAUCAUUCUUUCUUUUUGGCCAUUCAGAGUGAUUUUGAAGACAUAGCAACUAUCUUGUUAAAUCGUGGAGCUGAUGUGAAUAAGAUUAAUGAAAAUAAUGAAACCCCUUUACAUCUAGCAUCUUCUUUAGGCCAUUCGAAAAUCAUAAAAGAACUGUUAGAUAAAGGAGCCGAUUUUACUAAACUAAAUUCAAGAGGUCUAAGACCCAUUGAACUGGCAAUACUGCAUGGUCAUGUGGAUUCAAUAAAAACAUUUUUCCAGAAUAAAACCACAGAUGUAAAUUCCAAAGGAAAAAAUGGUUUUGCUUUUUUACAUAUCGCUGCACAAUGUGGUCAUCUAGACAUGGUAAAAUUCAUUAUAAAUGAAGGUGCUGCAAUUAAUAUGGUUGACGAUCUCGGUUAUAAAGCAAUACACAUAGCAGUUCGAGAAGGACAUUUACAGAUUGUAAAAUACUUUAUUCAAUGCGACGUUAAACUAUUAACAGAACGUGGAUGUGCAAAUGAGACUCUUCUGCACCAUGCAGUUGAAGCAGGCCAGACAGACAUUGUUAAAUAUUUAAUUGAAAAAGGAAUGGAUGUCAAUGAACCUGGCGAUGAGGGAGUGAGGCCAAUUCAUUUAGCUUCAAUAUUAGGUCAUGAAGAAGUGCUCAAAGUACUGCUGAACAAUGGUGCUUUUUAUGACUGCGUUGAUGGUACCUCUCACAAAACCCCAUUGCUUCUUACUGACAAGAUAACUGUUAAAAAAACAUUACUGAUGAUUGAAAAACUUUUUAGCUUUGUUAAAAAUAACAACAUUUUAAACGUAAAAUCUCUUGUUGAUAAAGGAGCAUGCAUCCAUGCAAAGGAAUCGAAAAAUGCUACACUUCUGCAUUAUGCUGCUUGGAAAGGUUACAGUGAAAUUGUUCAAAUUCUGUUGGAAAACAAUGCAAAUCCUAACGUAUUUGGCAAAAAUAACGCUACACCACUACAUUAUGCUUCUACAUAUAGCAAAGUGGAAGUAGUAAAAAUUCUGCUAGAAAAUGGUGCAAUGUAUAACGUAAUGACAGACGGUUGGAAAACUCCUCUUGAUCUAGCUUCAGAUAAACGAGUUGUUGACUUAUUAAACUUAAUAGAUAAUUCUUUCAAGAGUGUGCAGAAUUCAAAUAUUCAGAUUUUGAGCAUUCUAGAAAAAUGUGAAUAUUCUGAAUUUUUAAAAUCUUUAGCGUGUUCAAAAAAUAAAGAAGGGAAAACUCUAAUGGUUUGCGCCAUUCUCAAUAAUUUUCCCAAAUUCAAACACCUGAAGUCAUUCUUUUUCGACCCUCAUAAAGCCACCAGUCAUAUGUUCAAGCAGUUAGCUGCCGCAGGACAUUUUGAUGAAGCUCUAAGCAUGCUGAACAAUUUUCAGAAAAAAGCAUCACAAAUGUUUGGUUCAGAUAAUCCCAUUACGUUGGAUAUUGAAUUAGAUUCUGUAUCGAUACUUUACCAGCAACAGAAAUACAACGAGGCACUUUCCAAAGCUCAAAGUUUGUCCGAAAAAUGGAGAGAGAUAUUUAGAGAACGAAACAGUCGCACUCUAAUCACGCAAUCAUUAAUAGCUUCCAUUCUGCACAGAUUAGGGAAAAGUUUAGAAGCAGUAGAGAUUUUGCGUGAAGUUUCCACAUUACAAAAGAAACUUUUUGGAUUGGGUAAUUCUGAUACUUUAAAAACAUUCAGUGAUUUGGCGAUCGUACUGGACGACCUUGGCUGGCAUGAAGAAGCACUGAAUAUAAAUAACACUGUUUAUGAAAAGCAUCUUGAAAUCUAUGGUUCAAACAAUUAUCUUACUGUGAUAGCUAAGAAUAAUAUGGGAAACUCUUUUACUCUCUUGGGCAGAUAUGACGAAGCUCUUUCGUCUUAUAAUUCUGCUUAUGAUUAUUUCAUUAAAGAAUUAGGGGUAAAUCAUAAGAAAACUGUAACUGUGCUUCAUAAUAUCAAACAUGUAUCAUGCCUUCAAGAUUUGUCUGAUAAAACUAUCGAAGAUUAUCAGAAGAUUUUAUAUAUUCAGGAGAACGUCUUAGGUCCGAUGCAUGUAGGUACUUUAAGGACGGAGAAUAAUUUAGGAAAGUUUUUAAUGAAGAGAGGCAAAUUCAUGGCAAGUGUUAAAAUUUUAAAAGAAAAUGUUAAGAAGUUAAAGACAGUCUUGGGAAAUAAAAAUUCAACAGUAUUAGAAACGGAAGAAUUUAUAGACAAAAUUAAAUAUGGAGUUGAGUUUUUAGAAACUUUUUAACGUUAAUUAUUUUUAAAAAAAUCUAUGAAAUAUUUGAAAUAUUCUUGCAUGCGUUUAAGUAGGUUCAUUAAAAAACAUUAAAUAAGUGGUGCUGAAUUUAAUUUAUAAAUCCAGUUCUAAAUCCAGUUUAAAACUAUCGUAAUACAUUUAAUUUUUGAAUUUUAACGUUUUAGCUUCUCUGCUUCAUUAUAAAUGGGUUGUUUUAAGUUCGAACAAUAAAGAAAACUGUUGAAUUAUUCAAAUUUUACUCAAAUGUGUUUUGAGUUAAAGGCAUGCUUAGACACUGUGACAAUACAGUCUAUAAUACUAGGAGAAAAAUCCUGAUGUUCCUGAUCUAUAAAA